GGAUUACGGAAAUGUACUCGAUGCACCGAUAUGACAACAAGUAAUUGUUUUUAUUGACAGACGGAUAAUGUAAACCGAGUGGCCAACGAUUUUUCGCCAAGAGGAGUCCGCGCUUCUCCGGUUCGUAGGUUAUGUGAACUCGCAGCGCUUCCACGACUCCUCCGGCGACCGACAAUGGGGCAGGGCACGGAGACGUGCACCGACCGGCCCACCGAGGUCAGUGUCAUCAGAUUCGUGUCCAGGAACCGCACCAUAGAGGAGAUCGCCCCGAAAAAGGAAAUUUACACCUGCAAGCAACGCGGUUGUGGAAAAAUAUUCACCAAUCAAGAUGAGUACAAGACGCACGAGACUCUGGAAGCAUUAAAAAUCAGAUUCAUUUGUCGCGAACCCGGUUGCGGAGAAGAACUCUCCGAUCCAGGGAGUAUGUGGCGACAUUAUCAAGAAUGGCAUAAUAACGAAACCAGCGUUUUCUCCUGUCCGUACACGAGUUGCAAUUCGGUACACGCGACAAGCGACAGUCUCGAAGAACACAUCGAAAGUUGUCACAGGCAACCGACUUUGCUGCCUAUGGAACCAGAAAUUAUCUGUUUCGAAGGAUCCGAGAACGUCAUCGAUGAAGAUGGUAAUCAAAGCAGCGAAGCGGGAUACUUUGAUGGCAAGGGAGAGUCUCGUGGACAGAAAAUGGAAGACUCGGAUAGAAACCCUGAUGACGGGUCUAAUCGAAGCGAUUCCAAAGUCUGCCACGACGAAGACUUCUCUCUCGAUCGUAAAAAUGUUGGUGCUAAUUCUAAAGUAAAAGACUAUUCCCAAAAUAUUGACACUUCCAACCGGAUAAACGAUAAGUUUCCAAAGAACGAGGAUCUGUUGAUAACAAAAGAGAACUUCUUAAUUAAAUACGAGGCAAGACCGUCGCAGUGCAACGACACGUUGCAGAUCGACGAUUCUCAGGAAAAGAACAACAUCGUAUUUGUCAGCGGAGACGUCACGAUUACUAAGAAUAUUAAGAACGAAGCGUCCAAUCUCGAGCAACGGAAUCAGGAACACAGGCUCGACCUGGGGAAUCUAGGAAAAAUCUUUAGAAGCGGCUUCGAUGGCGCCCCUCCCAAAACCGAAGAAGGUAACGGUGAAACGAACAGUAAUUGUUCGGAGGAUGAAGAGUACACGCCAAAGAAGCAAAGAAUGUCCAGGUACAAGCAGGAGCCAUACAAAUGUGAGAUUAAUGGUUGUGGGAAGAUGUACAAAUACAUAUCGCAUUAUCGACAUCAUCAAGAGAGUCACAAGAUAACCGCAAACGUUGCCAGUGUCAAUCUCCUCAAGACUGCCAGGCCAAAGCAAGGAAAGGCAUCCACCGUCAGUUUUUUCUUAUGCAAGAUGCCAGGUUGUGGCGCUCAGGUAACCAACGUGACGAGCCUGUGGAAACAUUAUCAGGACAAUCACGCCAAUUCUAAAGCCCCGCUAGCUCGAACUACUAAGAUCGGUGAAGUAUUUCGAUGCAAAGUUCCCGGCUGCGAGAUGGAGUUUGGCACGAGCUUGACACUGUACAAGCACUUCAAUGAGGUUCAUACUAACGGGACGGCAGCAAACGUUAGCACAAACGCAAAGACUGGUAAUGGGAGUAGUUUUCGCUUCGUCGAUCAAAUGUUCCAGGAUGACGCUACUUCCCAGCGAGGAAACUUUAAGACUGAUUGCAAAGCCAAAUGCAAUGCGUACGACUAUGCGGAAAACGAAGAGGACGAAACACCUUUACAGACUGUAAAGAAGGAAUCCCGUGAUUGAUCCUUCGCCCCUUAGACCGCAAAUUCAGACUAAUUAAUAUUAACGCGUUAUGUCUGAAAGUGUCAAGCAGAGGACCUCGGUACCGAAAGUUGAAACCCACAUCAGUAAGUAUCUUAUCGCUCUUUCAAGAUUUCAUUUCACUGUAAUCCGACUACCCAUUACCGGUGGACAAUCUCUGUCGAUUCGACGGUUGAUCCAAUUCAUUGUCGAUCGAAUGAUACAGUCCUCUGCGGAAUACUUCGAAUUUAAUAAUUCUAGAGAGCUCGUAUUUCGGUCAAUUUUUGAUUGAGCUGCUUCGCGGUUAUUACGAGGCGGAUUAACUUCCGCAUUACUAUUUAGGAAACGUUCGGGAUAUAAACGCUCGACGGCUAGAUGAGCAAUCCGCCAUUGUAUUCAGAACUAAUAUACAAGACUUCUCGACUUUCCGUACUGAUUUUUACUGUUUUAUAUUGUUGUCGGUUUGAUGUAACUUAUCUAUAUAAUGUCAUGGUACUCGCGACAGGUAUUCCCGCGCGCGCUUGUGUGCACGCGAGGCAUGAGUAUUGUAUAGGAUUUUUAUUUAUAUGACUGUAUGUUCA